AUGAGUAAAAAUUUGACUUUAUGUAAUGAACACAAAAGCUUUAGAUUAGAAUUGGUUCGCGCUCUAAUCAAUGAUGCAACAAUUAAUCCUCUCAAACGUACAACGCGAAGUGAAGGACAAAGCCAGGUUGAAAAAGAAGCUGAAAAUAAAAAAGCCCGAGUUUUUGAAAAUUUUAAACUACCACUAAGCCGAUUUGUUGGCAAUGAUCAUUUUCCGGAAUACAAUGAAAGGAGAGCUUGUCUGUGGUGUCGAUAUAUACGAAAAAAAGAAAACAAGCCGGCUUUACAGAAUCCACCCCAAUCUAAUAUAUGGUGUAGUAAGUGUGAUGUUGCGCUGUGUUGUAACAAAGAACGCUCAUGUUUUAAGGAUUUUCAUACUCUUGAAGAUUAA